UCCCGGAGCACGUACGGACUCAAGCAACAUAUUGCUCUGUCUUCACUCCAUGGAUUAAUUUACCAAGUCUUUCAAGAAAUUAAACUAUUUAGCGACAAAACGGUAUAUUUUAUUGUCAGUUCAUUAACGCUUACUAAAAGAUGCCUCACGGUGCAGAUGAUGUACGCAAGAAAUUUAUCCUGACAACAACUGGAAACUUCUAUGGAUUAAAGCCUUCGUCCUCCCUGGCUGACAAUCCAGAGCUCAACAACUUCUUGGAUGAUGGAAAUGAAUUUGUCCUCUCUGUCAGCAAACAUGAAAAUGAACUUCAUUUGUCAAAUAAGAUUGAAGCUUCAAGGAACAGCAGAGAGAAAGUGUUGGUGUUCUUUAAGUUGCAUCCCACAGUGAUCACAGAAGAAAACCUCCAUCAGAGCCUCCUUGUGUCUUCUAUGCUUGAGUCUCCCAUCAACACCCUAUACCAGGCUGUCAAACAGGUCUUUGCCCCUGUCCUGCUAAAGGAUGAACACUGGCGGUCAGCAUUCGACCCUAAGCUAGCAGGCCUGCUGAGUGAACUUGAGCUUGGCCUUGGGUCAGUGGUCCGCCAUUCUGGAGCUCAACCCUCUGCCAAAAAGUUUCACGUGGAGGAAGAUGUCCUGGGUAUCCUAACUCCCAAUGAUGAAUUCCAGUACUGGGCAGAACUCUUGGAGUCUGCUGAAAAGAACAGUGUGAGAGAACGGGCUGCACAUUUCACAGAGCAGUUUAAACCUAUACAAAAGGAGUACAGUGGUCUGGACGGUCUGUCUAUGGCAGAGGUUGUAGAUUUGGUGGAACAGAGCAGAGACACUCUGGAUGACAUCUGGCGACAGACUGAUUAUGAACCUUACCCAGAGACACGCAUGGUUCGACUCAUGGAUGUUAUUGGAGGAGCCCUGGGAAGAUACGUCCAGAGGAAACUGAGUGGUCUUAAAAUCUUAGAGGAGCCAUUUGCAUCAGUGAGAGAGAACCUGAGAACAGGCAUUUCUAUCUGUGAGCAGUGGGUGGUAGCCUGUGAGCAUCUGACUGGACAGGUGUGGAAGCGACAUGCUCCUCACCCUUGGAAGGGAAACAAACAGUGUCCAGAAGCCCUGCAUUGCCUUGCAAAGAGACUGGAUGAAGUAGUGACACUGCGUAUGGUCCACGAGAAGCUGCUGCGUCUGCUACCAGGAGGAAAGCAGCAGGCUCUGACUUCAGAUGUUGUGUUUGAACCUUUUUCUGGACUCAACCCUUUGCAUUACAACCCCUACACAGAGCCUCUUUGGAGAGCAGCAGUGGCUCAGUUUGAGCGACUAAUUGCACCAUCAGAGCAGGAGGUGGCAGGAAGACUAAAGAGCUACAUUGCAGAUGUGCAGGACAACCCACAACAGCUGUUACAUGUGUUCCAAAAGCACAAGGAGUUGAUCAAGCGCCCUACUAUCAGCAAAGAGCUACAGUCAGAGAGAGAGACCCUACUAGCCAGACUACUGGACUACAACAAGGGCUUGAAGACUGACUUCGAAAGUCGUUGCCAUGGAGGCCCUGGAGACAAGUCUGGUCCCCUGAUUGGAAGAAAUCUACCCGAGGUGGUCAACAAGAUUGUCUGGGUCAGACAGCUUAUACACAAGCUGGAGGACUCUGUACGCAUAGCUGAGGCUCUUCUUUCUGACCUGUCUGGGUUCAAAGGGUUUCUGCAUUUUUGUGAUGAUCUGCUGGAGGUUCUGAGAGCAUAUGAACAGGAACAGUUUGAGGACUGGUCAAGAGAUAUUUUGUCUGGACUGGCUGACCCAAAGUCAGGAAUCAGUCUCCAGGCCAGCAGCCGUGUGAUGGACCUGGACCAUGUGGAUGGAAGACUAAAAAUCCAGUACUCUGAUAGACUGGUCAGUCUGCUCAGGGAGGUCAGACAACUCUCUGCUUUGGGCUUCCCUAUUCCAGCCAAAAUACAACAGGCUGCUAAUACUGCAGAUAAGUUCUACAGACAAGCCAUCAUCCUAAAACAGGUGGCCCAUUUCUACAACACUAUUGACCAACAGAUGAUUCCCUCUCAAAGGCCUAUGAUGCUUGGUCUUGCCUUGGCUUUUGAACAGGUCAUCAAGAAUCCUCGUUCUCAGGCAAAGGAAUCAGGUGGUAAACUGCAGAUUACGUGGGACAAUCCAAAAGAGUUGGAGGUUUACAUUGCUAAACUGCAGUCUGCGGCUGAGAAACUCUCCACUGAGAACAGAAAGUUACGCAAAUGGCACACUGACUUCACAGACAAGGUGUUGACACUAAUGAAUGUGGAUCUGCUGAGACAUCAGCAGCGGUGGAAGGAUGGCCUUCAGGAGCUCCGUACUGGUUUUGCCACUCUGGAGGCUCAGGGAUUCAGAUCUGAUGACAUGCGGGCCUGGCGUCAGCACUGGAAUCACCAGCUGUAUAAGGCUCUUGAACAUCAGUAUCAGACUGGACUGGAGGCACUGAACAAGAACCUGCCUGAGAUACAGAUCGACCUUACCUUCAAGCAGGGUCGUUUGCAGUUUCGUCCUCCGUUUGAAGAAGUGCGGGCACGCUACUUCAGAGAGAUGAAGCGGUUCAUAUCAAUCCCCAACCAGUUCAAAGGGGUCAGUGCCCAGGGGGAGGAGCUAAUCUUCAGCAUCAUGAUUGACAGGAAUGCCACUGGGUUCCUUACCAUCUUCAGUAAGGCAGAGGACCUCUUUAGCCGCCUGCAGGCUGUACAACACAAGUUUAAGGAGUGGGUGGUGCUGGGCCAGGUGGAUUUAGAGAAUUUAGUGGAAAAGCAUCUGAACUUAGUGCAGGACUGGGAGCGGAACUUCAAGGCCCUGAAAGCCCGGGGAAAGGAGUCAGAACGUCUCCCCAGUCAGGAGAAAGUAGACUGUAUCACCGUCAACUGUGAGCCUGUAAAAGCUGUCAUCGAUGACCUUAUCCAAAGGCUCUUUGAUAUGUUACUUAUGUCGCUCAGGAAGUCAAUACAAGGUCAUACACAGACCAUAGACAGUUUUGUGUCUGAGUCAACAGAGGCCUUGUCCACUCGACCAGAGAGCAUGGAGGAGAUUGGUGCAAUACGUGGCAAAUAUACCCAAAUAUUAGCCCGCAAGCCAGAAAUCCUGUUUGAGUUUCAAAGUGCGGAAGAGAAGAAUCGUUUGCUGCGAGCGGUGGCUGGUGCUGGCCUGGACUCUCUGUCAUCUCUGAGAGCCAAAUGGGACAAACUAGAGCUUGUCAUGGAGAGCCACCAGCUCAUGAUCAAAGAACAGGUGGAGGUGAUGCGAAGUAAUACAGCAGGUCACGUGGAGGCUUACAGGGCAGAUCUGGAACGGUUUAAGGCCCGUUGGGACCAGCUCAAACCCAAAGAUGAUAUUCUUGAGAGUGGUGAUCAUGCUGCUCUACUUGCAUGCCUUCAGACCAUCAAAGACAAACAGCAAGAGUUUCAAGAGUUGGAGGUUGUGCAUAAUAAAUUGCUUGAAGACUGUGCCUACUUUGACCUAGAGGUUCCAGAUUUGUCAUUGGCAGAAAACAUAAAAACAGACAUGGAUGAGUACAGCCAGAUGUGGGGUUUGUAUGAGGAGUGGCAGCAGGGUUUCACAGAGAAAGCCCAGGAGGACUGGAUCACAUUCAGGAGUAAAACUUAUGUUUUUGAAGAGUUUCUGUUUACAUGGCAUGAUAGACUGAGGAAGCUAGAGCAACCUACUGCCAUGUCUGUUAAACUGCAAGCAGAGGUGGACAAAUAUAAGAGCAUGAUCCCAGUAUUGAAGUACGUACGUGGGGAUCACCUGUCCCAGGACCAUUGGUUGGACAUGUUCCGUUUGUUGGGUCUUCCAAGGGGGACCACGUUGGAGAGACUCACAUUCAGUGACCUUCUUGGUGUUGCAAAUACCAUCAUAGAUAAGGCCAUGGAGCUCAAGGAUCUGAACAGCCGUGCCCAGGCAGAGGUGACAAUCAGAGAAGCACUGAGGGAGCUGGAUUUGUGGGGAGCUGCAGCGACCUUCAACCUCACUGAAUACACAGACAGCAGCGGUCGCUCCCUCGCCCUAAUCAAGGACUGGAAAGACAUAGUCAAUCAGGUGGGAGAUAACCGCUGUCUGCUGCAGUCUCUGAAAGACUCGCCAUACUACCGCAGCUUCCAGGACAAGGUCAGUCUGUGGGAAGUCCGUCUAUCAGACUUGGAUGAGUAUCUACUCAAUCUGAAUGCUAUCCAGAGACGAUGGGUUUAUUUGGAACCAAUUUUUGGACGGGGGGCAUUGCCACGAGAAGAGGCGCGCUUUAAAAGGGUUGAUGAGGAUUUCAGGUCUAUAAUGUCAGACAUUCAAAGGGACAAUAGAGUGGUGUCCUUGAGCUCCAGAGUUGGCAUCAGAAACUCCCUCAUCACCAUACUGGACCAGCUACAACGCUGCCAAAAAUCACUCAAUGAGUUCCUGGAGGAGAAGCGCUCUGCCUUCCCACGGUUCUAUUUCAUUGGAGACGAUGACCUUUUAGAGAUUCUCGGUCAGGCAACAAACCCCACUGUCAUCCAGUCACACCUCAAGAAACUCUUUGCAGGCAUUCACAGUGUUGUGUUUGAUGAGCAGUGCCAGCACAUUGUUGCCAUGUGUUCUCUGGAGGGAGAGAUAGUGCCCCUCCGAAACCUCAUACGCAUUUCCAGUCUUGUGGAGGUGUGGUUGAGUGAGCUGUCGUCAGAAAUGAAGGAGACUCUGAAGCAUCUGCUGUAUGAAUGUGUAUCAGCAGGGAAGAAAGGAGAGGUGGACCCCUCACGCUAUCCAUCACAGAUUCUGUGUUUGGCUGAGCAAAUCCAGUUCACUGAAGAUGUGGAAAGAGCUAUGAAAGGGCAGAGUUUGCAGCAGCUGGAUUUGGAACUCAAUGCCAAAUUAGAACAUUAUACUACGGUUGACACCAGUUCUGAAGACCAUGCUAAUACAGAGUCCAGUGUCCUGCAGCUGAAGCUAAAGGCCUUGAUCCUGGACAUAAUUCAUAACAUCAGUGUUGUGAAGCAGCUCAACCAGGAAGGUGUUACCAGUCCAGAUGUGUGGGCCUGGAAGAAGCAGCUUCGUUUUUACAUGGGACCAGACAAAUGUUGCCACAUACAUAUGGUGGAUGCACAGUUCAGUUAUACGUAUGAAUACCAGGGGAAUGCAGCUAAGCUGGUGCACACUCCACUAACAGAUAAGUGCUACCUGACUCUGACCCAGGCCAUGAAAAUGGGGCUUGGAGGAAACCCCUAUGGGCCAGCAGGCACAGGCAAGACUGAGUCAGUCAAAGCCUUGGGCGGUCUAUUUGGACGCCAAGUGCUGGUGUUCAACUGUGAUGAGGGUAUUGAUGUGAAGUCAAUGGGCCGGAUCUUUGUGGGCUUGGUGAAGUGUGGCGCAUGGGGUUGCUUUGAUGAGUUUAACCGCUUAGAAGAAGCAGUGCUAUCUGCAGUUUCUAUGCAGAUUCAGGCCAUUCAAGAUUCCCUCAAACAUCACAAGCACACAUGUGAACUGCUUGGGAAGGAGGUGGACUUGGACCCAAACUCUGGUGUGUUCAUCACACUAAACCCAGCGGGAAAAGGCUAUGGAGGCAGACAGAAGCUUCCAGACAAUCUAAAGCAGCUGUUCAGGCCUGUGGCGAUGAGCAGGCCAGACAAUGAGCUCAUUGCUGAAGUUAUUCUCUACUCUGAAGGCUUCAAAAAUGGAGAAAUGCUAGGACGAAAACUGGUUGCAAUCUUUAACCUGGCCAGGGAACUGUUGACUCCUCAGCAGCACUAUGACUGGGGUUUGCGUGCUCUGAAGACAGUGCUGAAGGCCUGUGGCACCCUCCUGCAACAACACAGGAGGAGCCAUGAAAAAGACAAGAUUGAGGAGAGCAGCCUGGUGGUGCAAGCAUUAAGACUUAACACCAUGUCCAAGCUGACAUUUGCUGAUAGUUCCCGGUUUGAUGCUCUGGUCAGAGAUGUCUUCUCUGGAGUUAAUUUCACCGAUGUAGAAGACCAAACGCUUAUGCAAGCACUGGAGCAAGUGUACAAGGAAGCACGACUUGAAGUGAUACCGAGCCAGCUAAAGAAAGCAUUGGAGCUGAAUGAACAGCUAAGGCAGCGCAUGGGAGUUGUGAUAGUGGGCCCAAGUGGAGCAGGAAAGUCUACGCUCUGGAGGAUGCUUCGGGCUGCUCUUAAUAAGACAGGCAAAGUGGUUAAGGAAUACACAAUGAAUCCUAAGGCAAUGCCCAGACAACAACUACUAGGACAUAUAGAUAUGGACACCAGAGAAUGGGCUGAUGGCGUCCUUACUCACAGUGCCAGGCAGGUCGUCAGAGAACCACAGGAGGUGAGCUCCUGGAUCGUGUGUGAUGGUGACAUCGACCCAGAGUGGAUUGAGAGUCUAAAUUCUGUCCUUGAUGAUAAUCGAUUGUUAACCAUGCCCAGUGGAGAACGCAUCCAGUUUGGACCCAACGUUAACUUCCUUUUCGAGACUCAUGACCUAAGCUGUGCAUCACCAGCUACCAUAUCUCGCAUGGGCAUGAUCUUUCUUAGUGAUGAAGACAUUGAUGUGGGAGCCUUGGUAAAGUCAUGGUUGUCUAGUCAGCCAGAAGAGUGCCACAGCAGCCUAGAAAACUGGCUGGGUGACUACUUCCAGAGAGGUCUUGACUGGGUUCUCAAACAGAAUGACUUUGUGGUGGAAACUAGUCUCGUGGGUACAGUGUUCAAUGGGCUGUCACACCUCAGUGGUGUGACAGAGAGAGGUCAAUUCAUCAUCUGCCUUCUUAGAGGUCUGGGUGGAAAUCUGCACCUCAAAACAAGACAAGAAUUUGCCAAGGAGCUCCUGAGCUGGGCUCGAGAAAAUCCACCUGACAUCAGAAAACCACUAGAUACCUACUAUGACCCGGGCAGUGGACAUCUAGUUGCCUAUACAUUCCAGCGUCCUGAGGGUCUCACCUUGGAACAGCUGUCUAAUACGCAGAGGCUGCCUGUUAUUGAGACACCAGAUAUGCAGAGAGGCCUACACUGCUUCUCCCCAUGGCUCACCACUCAGCACAGGCAGCCCUUCAUGGUGGUUGGGCCAGAGGGCUGCGGGAAAGGCAUGCUCCUGCGCUAUGCCUUCUCCCGGUUGAGAUCCACCCAGGUGGCUGUUGUUCACUGCAGUGCCCAGACUUCAUCACGCCAUGUCCUACAAAAGCUCACUCAGACCUGCCUGUUGCUGAGCUCUAAUACUGGCCGAGUCUUCAGGCCAAAGGACUGUGAAAACCUGGUUCUCUACCUAAAAGACAUCAACCUGCCCAAACCUGACAAAUGGGGAACUAGCAAUCUCAUUGCUUUCCUGCAACAGGUCUUAACAUAUCAUGGAUUCUAUGACGAAAAUCUGGAGUGGGUGAGCCUUGAAAACAUCCAGGUUGUGGCUUCCAUGUCAACAGGGGGUGCUGUAGGAAGCCAUUCACUCACCUCCCGCUUCUCUUCGAUAGUGCGCAUCUGCACAAUAGACUAUCCAGACAGGGAGCAGCUGCAGACUAUCUACUCAGCAUACCUGCACCCUGUUCUCCAGCACAGCCUGGGCAGCCAGGCAGCGUGGGCCAGCUCAGGGAGAACACACCAGCUGGCUGGAUCUUUUGUUCAGCUCUAUGAACAGGUAAAAGCCAAGUUUACAGUUGAUGACCACAGCCACUACCUGUUUACCCCCUGCAUCCUCACAGAGUGGGCUCUCAGCCUGCUACGAUAUGACUUGACUGCAGCUCAAUCUAAUGUGACAGACAGCGUGCUGGAGGUGGUAGCGUAUGAGGCCAGAAGACUGUUCAGAGACCGACUGGUUUCCUCCAAAGACCUUCACACCUUUGAUAACAUUCUGUCCUCCAUCAUACGGGGAGACUGGGGCUCUGACGCACUUGACAACAUGACCGAUGGUUUCUAUGUGACAUGGGGAGCCUCUGAGGGGGCUGUGACAGCUCCAGGCCAGUCUCUGCCUCCCCAUGGUAAACAACUGGGACGCCUGGAUUCUGCUGAUCUAAAACAAGUUAUACAAAAGGGAGUAGUGCUGUACAGUCGAGAUAACAGGGAGCUGGAUCUUCUCCUGUUCUGGGAGGUGUGUGACUUUGUGUCCAGAGUGGAUCGGGUCCUGAGCAGACCGGGUGGUUCUCUGCUUCUGGCAGGUCGGAAUGGAGUGGGUCGGCACACAGCCACAUGCCUGGUGUCACACAUGCAUGGGAAGACAUUGUUUACGCCCAAGAUCUCCCGUGGUUAUUCUCUGAAGCAUUUCAACAAUGAUCUGAAGACAGUGAUGCAGCUUGCUGGUCUGGAAGGCCAACAAGUGGUUCUGCUACUGGAAGACUAUCAGUUUGUCCACCCAGCAUUCCUAGAGAUGGUCAACAGCCUGCUGUCUUCAGGUGAAGUUCCAGGUUUAUACACCCCAGAAGAACUGGAGCCCCUCCUGUCCUCCCUCAAAGAUGCUGCCUCCCAGGACGGAUUCACCGGACCUCUCUAUAACUACUUCUCCCACAGAAUCCAGCAGAACCUCCACACUGUUCUUAUUAUGGACUGCUCCAACACCAACUUCACCAUCAACUGUGAGAGUAACCCAGCUUUUUACCGCAAGUGUUCUGUCCAGUGGAUGGAAGGAUGGUCUGAAAACAGCAUGAAGAAGAUUCCUGAGCUGUUGCUAGCAAAGACAGAUGGAGCAGGAGACAGAAAUGAUGGAGAAAAAGCCACAAAGGGAAAAAUUUCAGGAGGAUCUAGUCAGGGAGACCUCUGCCGUUUGUUCCUGAGCGUUCAUGAGUCAUGUAGAGAACACGGUGCAACACCCAGCCAGUACAUGGCCUUUCUGCAUGUUUAUACUGCAUUAUAUAACCGGAAGAAGAGUCAGCUAACAACACGACAGCAGCACCUGCAGGCGGGUGUGUCCAAGUUGAAUGAAGCCAAGGCACUGGUUGAUGAGUUGAAGAGGCGAGCGGCAGAGCAGAGUGCACUGCUGAAGACUAAACAACAGGAGGCAGAUUCUGCCCUGCAGGAAAUCACUACCUCUAUGCAGAAUGCCAGUGACCAGAAGACAGAAAUGGAAAAAAUAAAAGGGAAGAUGGCUCAAGAAGUGUCCAAGAUUGAAGAAAGAAAGGCCAAAAUAGACGAUGAGCUGAAAGAAGUACAGCCUUUGGUAGAUGAAGCAAAACGUGCAGUGGGGAACAUCAAGCCUGAAGCUCUGUCUGAGAUCCGCUCACUCCGCAUGCCCCCUGAUGUCAUCAGAGACAUCCUGGAGGGGGUGCUGAGACUGAUGGGCAUCUUUGACACUUCCUGGGUCAGCAUGAAAAGCUUCCUGGCCAAACGUGGAGUAAGAGAAGAUAUAGCUACAUUUGAGGCCAGGAAUGUCACCCCAGAAAUUCGCCAGAGUGUGGAAGAGCUACUCAACAGAAACAAGGCUUCCUUUGACCCCAAGAAUGCAAAGCGUGCAAGUGCAGCAGCUGCUCCUCUGGCUGCGUGGGUCAAAGCUAAUGUCCAGUACUCCCAUGUCCUAGAGAGAAUAGAGCCACUGGCAAGGGAACAGGCUGGAUUGCUGGAAAACCUGAGGAAAACGGAGAACAGAAAAAAUAAGCUAGAAGACCAGCUCAACUCUGUUGGAGCCAAAGUCAACGAACUGAAAGAGAAGUUUCAGUGUCAUACUGCUGAGGCAGCUAAGCUGGAGGCUGAAGUGACAAAAGCUCAGGACACGAUCACAGCUGCCCAGCAGCUCAUAUCACAACUGGAUGGGGAACACACACGGUGGAACGCACAGAUGUCAGAGAUAAAGAACGAGUUGGAUACACUUCCUAGCAGGGCCAUGCUCGCUGCAGCCUUCAUCACCUAUCUGUCUGCAGCUCCUGAAGUCCGUAGAAGACACUGUCUGGAGACAUGGAUGGCUCAAUCUGGACUUGAAAAGUUUGACUUGCGGUCGUUCCUGUGCUCCGAGAGUGAGCAGUUAAUCUGGAAGAGCCAAGGGCUGCCGUCCGAUGACCUUUCCAUGGAGAAUGCAUUAGUCAUCCUACAGAGUGUUGCCUGUCCAUUCCUGAUUGAUCCAUCAUCCCGAGCUACAGAGUGGCUUUGCACCCAUCUGAAAGAGCACAGACUAGAGGUUAUCAACCAACAGGAUAGUAACUUCAUGACAUCCCUGGAAUUGGCAGUCCGAUUUGGAAAAACCCUUAUCAUCCAAGAGAUGGAUGGAGUUGAACCUGUACUCUAUCCACUGCUGAGGAGGGACUUGAUUGCACAGGGUCCCAGAUAUGUGGUUCAGAUAGGAGACAAAGUUAUUGAUUACAACGAGGACUUCCGUCUCUUCCUGGCAACACGGAAUCCCACCCCCUUCAUCCCUCCUGAUGCUAUUUCUGUGGUUACUGAGGUCAACUUCACAACCACCAGAGCAGGCUUGAGAGGACAGCUCCUGGCCUUGACCAUCCAGCAGGAGAAGCCAGAAUUGGAGACUGAGAAAACAAGACUACUGCAACAAGAAGAAGACAAAAAGAUACAGCUGGCAAAUUUAGAGGAAUCACUGUUAGAGACCUUGGCUACAGCACAGGGGAAUAUUCUGGAAAACAGGGAGCUGAUAGACAGUCUGAACCAGACCAAGGCAAGCAGUGCUUUGAUCCAGGAGUCACUGCUGGAAUCACACAGGCUGCAGGCGUCUCUGGACCAGGAGCGGGAUGCCUACCUACCUCUUGCAGAGAGUGCCAGCAAGAUGUAUUUUGUCAUCACGGACCUGUCCAAGAUCAACAACAUGUACCGAUUCAGUCUUGCUUCUUUUUUGCGCCUGUUUCAAAGAGCUCUUCAGGCCAAGAAGGAAGCAGAGACUACUGAAUCCCGGAUUGCUGCUUUGGAAGCCAGCUUAAAGAAUAUGGUGUACGAGUAUGUGUGUCGCUCACUAUUUAAGGUCGACCAGUUGAUGUUUGCUAUGCACUUUGUGAAAGGCAUGCACCCUGAACUCUUCCAGGAAAAUGAAUGGGACGUCUUCAUUGGAUCUAUUGUAGGAGAAAUGUUUAAAAAAGAGGAGUUCCCUUCUUGGAUUGAUCAGGAGAGGCAUGCAGCUGUGGCCAUUUUAAAAGCUACUUUCCCAGCCCUCUACCAGUCCCUGUGUUUGAAUGACUUAGACCUUUGGCUGUCCUUCUCUCAGAGUUCACACUGUGAACAGGAAAUCCCAUCCUCCAUUGUCAAGAAGAUUACUCCAUUCCAACAGUUGUUGUUGGUCCAGGCAGUCAGACCAGACCGACUUCAGAGUGCUAUGGCAGCCUUUGCCUCCCAUGCGCUGGGUAUGAAAGAGCUCUCUCCCCCUCCUCUGAACCUGCGUCGUCUCUACACUGAGACACUGGAAUGGGAGCCAGUGUUGAUCAUCAUCUCUCCAGGGGCAGAUCCCUCCCAGGAGCUCGCAGAACUAGCUGCAGAAACUGUGGGCAGGGAUAACUAUCAUGAGAUCUCCAUGGGUCAGGGGCAGGCUGAUGUGGCCUUAGCUACACUCAGAGAAUGUUCCCGAAAUGGAGACUGGCUUUGCCUGAAAAACCUUCACCUUGUCACGGCAUGGCUACCGCUCCUAGAAAAAGAACUGAAUGCACUACAUCCCAAAGCAGGCUUCCGUCUCUGGCUGACUGCAGAAGUUCACCCCAGAUUUCCUCCCAUACUGCUGCAGUCUAGCCUCAAGAUCACCUACGAGGCACCACCAGGGUUAAAGAAGAACCUGCUGAGAACAUAUGAGUCCUGGACACCAGAGCAAAUCAGUAAAGGAGGCACUCUGGCCAGAGCUCAGUCUCUCUUCUGCCUAGCCUGGUUCCAUGCUGUGUGCCAGGAGAGACGCAACUACAUACCACAGGGCUGGACCAAGUUCUAUGAGUUUUCUUUGUCAGACCUCCGUGCAGGCUUUGAGAUCAUCGACAGACUUUUUGAAGGUGGUAAAGCUUUUCAGUGGGAGUUCGUCCAUGGCCUGUUCGAAUGCGCCAUCUAUGGUGGACGUAUCGACAACCCCUCUGACCUCCGUAUCUUACGGUCUUAUCUGGAGCAAUUCUUCUCUGCCCGACUCCUGUCCUCCUCCCUUUCAGCUGGACAGCGAAAGAGCAGAGGAGGGGGACGUUUUUUUCCACCUCAAAUCAGCCUUCCCAGCACAUGCUCUAUCCUGGACUACCGCAGUGUAAUUGAGAAUCUCCCAGAGGACGACAGACCAGCAUUCUUUGGUCUGCCUGCCAACAUUGAGAGAUCCUCCCAGAGGAUCGUCAGUUCCCAGGUUAUUUCCCAGCUGCGUGUGCUGAGUCGCUCAGUAGCCACAGGGUCAAAGUUCGACAGAGAGCUAUGGUCGAAUGGGCUCUCACCCAUCCUAAAUCUGUGGAAGAAGCUCAACCAGGGCUCUGCUCUGAUCCACCAGAAGGUUUCCCCACCAGCAGAAGGUCAGGGGUCACCGGUCCUUUCAUUCGUUGCUCUGGAGCAGUUCAAUGCAAUCCGAAUGGUUCAGAGUAUUCAUCAGUCUCUGGCUGCAUUGAGCAAAGUCAUCAGAGGGACCCAGCUGCUGACUCCUGAAGUCCAAAAACUGGCCACUGCAUUACUCAAUCAAGAGUGUCCUUUAACAUGGCAGAGUAAAUGGGAGGGACCAGAGGAACCAAUGCAAUACCUCAGAGCCGUCGUAGCACGUGCUAUCGCCAUACAGAACUGGGUGGAACGUGCAGGCAGACAAGCUCUUCUGUUGGACACACUAGAUCUGUCUGAGCUCUUCCACCCCGAUACCUUCCUCAACGCUUUGAGACAGGAAACUGCCAGGUCUAUGGGUUGUUCUAUGGAUAGUUUGGUGUUUGUCUCAUCAUGGAGGAGUCACAUUGCACAGGCCAAGCUACAAGUCAAGGUCGGAGGUCUUCAGUUGGAGGGCUGUAGUUUUGAUGGAGUUCAUCUUUGUGAGAACCAACAUGACUCUCCCAGUGUGUCAGCUGUUCCUGCCUGCUACAUGGCCUGGGUUCCACAGAACUCCGCUGCAGACUCCGGUGCUUCAGAAGAUACCAUCUGGCUCCCUCUGUACACCAGCUCCGAAAGGUUGAAAGUGGUCACACACAUCUGUCUGCCCUGUGGAGCGAACCCUGACCAGUGGAUUCAGACCGGAGCAGCACUCUUUCUCAAACAACAGUGAUGGACAGGACACGUCUCUAUGAGGGCAAGCACUCAAAGAUUGACAACAAAGCCUCACAUGACUACAGGUACGACGUGUUUCCACUGUGAGGUGAUGAUAGUGCCGUCACAUCAGGCUGACUUAAGAAAUAUAAAAGAAAGUCCUCAACACGUCAGAAUGUAAAGUAUUGAUGCCAUUCCUGACUAAAUACUUUUCUUAGUUUAGAGACCAAAGACUUCUACAUGAAGUUAAAAUCUAACAGACUCAUAAAAUGAAUGAUCACAGAUUUUGGGUCUGACAGUCAUGUGAAAAGAGUUUCUUCUCUGUUCACUGACCAGACAAGUGUAGGCCUCACCCACAUUAACAAUGAAACAUUUAAAGGAGUGAUAUUUUGCUUUUUUAAAAUGGAAUUAUGCAUUUUAAAACAUUUCCCUGUGGUCUAUAUAAACUGUAAAUGCUAUG